AUGAACUCCAAGAUUAUUUUCGCUUUGUUUUGCCUUUUCGCUGUUUCACUUGCAACUGCAGGAACUACUAAUAUUGAUUGCCUUAAAAAUGGUGCUUGCAACGAUGCUAAUUGUGGUAAAUCUGGUGCUAAGACUGAUAACUGGUAAAUUUCUGGAACACAAUGUGCUAUUGCUGACUGUUCAUAAUUGACAGCAUCAGGUGCAACUAUUUCAACUAAUGCUUCAUCAGGUGCAACUAUUUCAACUAAUGCUUGUACUUCUUGCAAUACUAGUGCUAGCCCUGCUAAAACUCAAGCUAGCUCUGAUAAUUCUUAAUGUAUAGUUAAAAGCAGUGCUAAGCUUCUUAUUGCCAGUGCAGCCAUUUUUGCUGCUUUGUUUUUGUGA